AUGAAGGCAGCAGAAGGGGUGGUCUCCUCUGGCACAUCAAUGACCGGCAACAAUAGUGAUCCUUCUCCAAGUAGAAAAAAUGCUCCAUCUGCAUCUUCUGGUCAAAGAGAGAGAGGCUCAAUCCCUGGUAUCUUUGUCUCACAAGAGAAGGAUAAUCCAGGCCCACAGGAGAAGGUUGGUGGUAACAUAGAAAGAAGUCUCUGUGUAAUGGAAUCAUCAUCAUCAAUUGCAGGAGAGGAGAUAUCUAAAGUCCAGCACACUCCCAUAGAAGUGCAACCCCUGCAGAUAAGCAAAGAGUGGAACUUGGAGUUAAUACCAGAAGAGGAAGAUCCCAACAUGAAAAUACAAAUGACUGGAAAGAACAACAAUGAGAUGAAAUGGGAUCAAAUUCCAACUAUCCAGAGACGAUUAUGGAGGAGGAACACUGCUAAAAGAGGAAGAGUAUCUAGACAAGAGCAGAUCCCUAGCAAGCCAGGCAUUGCUAUAGGGGAUAAAAGAGGCAGAGAUUCUCCGAGCUCAAUGAUGAUUGAAUACCAAAAAGACCAGGAUUCUGUUUUGUGGAACCUGAGGGGACUAAAGGGGGCUGUUGUUAUGUUGGGAUUUACAGGUGGUGGUUUUGCAAGUGUAUAA